AUGCAGUUUUGUAUUAAGAAAAGUGGUUUCGUUUUUCUCUUUUUGCAUAGUUCCAUCUAUCUAUCUAUCUAUCUAUCUAUCUAUCUAUCUAUAUAUAUAUAUAUAUAUAUGUCUAAUAGUGUCUGUUUAAAUCGAACACUGAUCGUUUCUAUCUAUCUAUCUAUCUAUCUAUCUAUCUUUUAUUUAUUUCUUUUCAUAUCUAAUUGUUCGUCUCAUUUUUCAGGUUUCAUUCUUUUUAUUCACAAUCCUCGUUCUUUUAGUUUGUUCGAUUAUUUUAUUUUUUUUAUCAUUCCUAUCGUCGUUCUUUCAUUUGAUUUCGUUCUUAUUUUCGCAUGCUUUUUCUUUCAUUUUUUUCAUGCCUUUUUCCUUUCACUUUCUUCUUUCUUUCAUCCUUUUUUUCUUUUCUUGGAUUUAGUUAAGUUUGUCCUAUUCUUUUUCUAUUUUUUCCUUCAUUUAUUCCUCUUUCUAUUACUUUUCUUUUUUUUCUUCUUUCUCUCAUUCUUUUCUUCUUUUUUCCUUCUUUUUUCUUUCUUACUUUCUAAUUUAUCGCGUCCUAUUUUCUUCUAUAUUUAUUUCCUACUCUUCUCUUUCAUGUAUUCAUUUUCCUUCUAUUUCGCUCCUUUAUUUCUUUUAAAAGUUUAUUUAUCCUUUGGAUUUUUUGUUAUUCGUCUUUCCUAUUUUAUUUUCUGUCUUUCUAAUUCUCCUAUCUUCCUUUUUCCUACUUUCUUUCUUUCGUUCGUUGUUUCUUUCGUUCUUUCUUUCUUCCCAUUUUACUUUCUCUGGAUUUAUUUUCACUAUUCAUUUUCUAUCUUUCCUUUCAUUUUUCUAUCUUUACAUUCAAGUAAUCAUUUUUCAGUUACUAUCUUUCUUUCUUUCUUUCUUUCUUUCUUUCUUUCUUUCUUUUUUCCUUUUCUUUUUUAUUUAGUUUUUUUUUUUCCUGUUCUUUUUAUAUCUAUUUUUUCUUGUAUUCACCUUUUUUCUAUUUUCUCUUUCUUUCUUUCUUUCUUUCUUUCUUUCUUUCUUUCUUUGGAUUUAGUUAUAUAUUUUCCCAUUUUUAUCUAUCGUUUCUUUCAUUUAUACUUUUUUCUAUUCUUAUUCGAUCAUUUCUUUCAUGUAUUCAUUAUUAAUCUCCAUUCUUUCUAUCUUUUUUAUUUCAUUUUUCUUUGGAUUUAUUUAUUAUUGACUUAUUAUUUAUUCUUUCGUUCUUUCAUUAAUUCAUUUUUUGCUACAUGUCUUUCUUUCCUUGUUUCUUUUUAUUCUUUCUUUCUUUCUUUGGAUUUAUUAAUCUUUUUUCUAUUCUUUUUUCUAUUUUUUCUUUCAUGUAUUAAUUAUUAUUCCACUUUUUCUUUUCUUUCUUUCUUUUUCUUUUAUUCUAUCUUUCUUUCAAUUUAG